AUGCAGGUGCACGGGCGUGUCGUGGGGAGCGGGGUGCUGCCGGACCUCAGGGUGGAGAACGCGCUGGUCGAUAUGUACGCGGAGUGUGCUGACAUGGACUCGGCUUGGAAGGUGUUCGACAGCAUGCAGGUGAGGAGCGUGGUGUCAUGGACGUCUUUGCUUUCUGGGCUCGCGAGGUUAGGCCAGGUUGAUGAAGCGAGAGACCUGUUUGAUCGUAUGCCUGAGAGAGAUACGGUCUUGUGGACCGCGAUGAUUGAUGGGUAUGUGCGGGCUGCCCGGUUCAGGGAGGUAUUGGAGAUGUUCCGUGAGAUGCAGUAUAGUAAUGUGAGUGCAGACGAGUUCACCAUGGUGAGCGUGAUCACAGCCUGUGCGCAGCUAGGUGCUCUGGAGAUGGGAGAAUGGGUGAGGGUUUACAUGAGCAGGCAAGGGAUUAAGAUGGAUGCUUUCGUCGGUAAUGCGCUUAUAGACAUGUAUUCCAAGUGCGGAAGCAUUGAGCGUGGAUUGGAUGUUUUUAAAGGCAUGCACCACAGAGAUAAGUUUACUUGGACAGCUAUCAUACUUGGUCUCGCGGUGAAUGGUUACGGGGAAGAGGCUAUUCAAAUGUUCUACAGAAUGAUCAGGGUUUCAGAAACUCCAGAUGAGGUGACAUUCAUUGGUGUUUUCACAGCCUGCACCCACGCUGGCUUGGUUGACCAAGGAUGGGAGUUCUUCCUCAGCAUGAUAGAGACCUAUAAUAUUGCCCCAAAUGUGGUGCAUUAUGGAUGCAUAAUUGAUCUCCUUGGCAGAGCCGGGAAAUUUACAGAAGCUUUGGAGACAAUAGAUCAAAUGCCAAUGAAACCCAACUCCACUAUUUGGGGGACCCUACUGGCAGCUUGUAGGGUUCAUGGCAAUUCAGAGAUAGGUGAACUGGUAGCAGACCGCCUCCUUGAGCUGGAUCCAGAGAACAGCAUGGUGUACACCCUUCUGUCAAACAUGUAUGCAAAGUGUAAUAGAUGGGAAGAUGUUCGGCGGCUUCGGCAGGCAAUAAUGGAGAAAGGAAUAAAGAAAGAACCUGGUUUCAGUCUGAUCGAAAUGAACGGUAUUAUUCAUGAAUUUUUAGCUGGUGAUCAGUCUCAUCCUAUGAGCAAAGAAAUCUACUCUAAGUUGGAGAGCAUAAUCAGUGAUUUAAAUAAUGCUGGGUAUUUUCCUGACGUAACUGGGGUCUUUGUUGAAGUCGCAGAAGAAGAAAAGCAGAAAGUUCUUUACUGGCACAGCGAGAAGCUGGCAAUUGCUUUUGCAUUACUCAGUUCAAAACCUAAUACUGUGAUAAGAAUUGUGAAAAACUUGAGGAUGUGUUUGGACUGCCAUAACGCAAUUAAAUUGAUUUCAUGGUUGUAUGGAAGGGAGGUUGUUAAUAUUCUUUUGAGAAGAUUCAGAUUCAGACUCUUGGAUGUUGAAAUGUGCAAUAGUGGUAGAGUUAAAAAGAAUUUUCUGAUGGAGAAAUACUUGCUGUACAAUUGUUUGGCUCUGGUGUGA